AUGGCGCGCCAGAAAGUCGUGCUCGUCACCGGCGCCUCGUCCGGCAUCGGCUUGGCCGCCGCAGUGGAGUUUGCAAAAAGAGGCUACAAGGUAUACGCGUGCGCCCGGCGUCUUGCACCCAUGGCGCCCUUGGAAGCCCACGGCAUUCACACGCUUGUCUGCGACGUGACACAAACAGACGCCGUGGCCAGAAUGUGCAGCCACAUCAGCAGCGACAACGACGGCAGGCUCGACAUUCUAUACAACAACGCCGGCCAGGCCUGUACCAUGGCGGCCAUGGACGCGACGGACGCCGCGGUGGCACAAUGUUUUGCAGUCAACGUGUUUGCCCCCAUGGCGGUGACGCGUGAAUUUGCAGCCUUGCUCAUCAAGGCCAGGGGCACGGUGGGCUUCACGGGGUCGGUCAGCGGCGUGCUCCCGGCGCCGUUUCUCGCGGUGUACUCGGCCUCCAAGGCCGCGCUCCAUCAGUACGUGGCCACGCUCCGCGUCGAGAUGGAGCCGUUUGGCGUGACCGUGUUGAACUUCGUGACCGGCAGCGUGCAGACACCCAUCGGCGACCUGCGCGGCUUGCCGGAACACUCCAGGUUCCGGGUGCCGGGCAUCGACGCGGCCAUGGCCGAGCUCCUGGGCAUGACGGCCCUGAAACGCCCGGUGUCGGCCGAGCUGUACGCACGCCGCGUGGUGGGCGAUUUCGAGGCCCAGCGCUUGGGCGGCCGCUUGCACAUCUACCGCGGCGGCGCGGCGUACUUUGCGGGGCACUUGUUGGCGUGGUGCCCGCGGGUUCUUGCCGAGAAGCUUCUCGUGAGCCAGUUGAAGUUUUCCGAGGCUUUCGAGUACAUCCGAGCGAGGCACCUGGGCGCCGCGGCGUGA